UCGAAACAAUCUACUGUUUCUUUCUAUUCUACAAACAUUUGAGAAAUACUUCGUUAACUUGAGACAGUGUGUUAGGUCGAAAGCAAGGCGCAAAGCCCGUUGUUUCAGGCCAAACAAAGAAGCAAUAGCGAGGAUGCGCCUUUUCCUCAAACACUUUAACCUCUUCCACCGAGACAUUUGGCUUCAUUCUCGUUAUGUUUCUUCGCUUGCUCUCGCACUUCGCCCACCAUUUUCUGGCAAUUCAAAGGCGGCCCUAUUCUCAAGGAACCUCGACUCACCUCUCAGUUGUUCCACUCCAGGAACUGCCACUGAAUUUAUCCAGCGGGCAAAACGAGAACAGCUAGCUCCAAUUGUCUAUUCUGUUCAUAAUAUGAUUGAAGUUAACGCUGAAAUGAAGCAAUUAGUGAAACAGGGACAACUUUGUAAAGCUAGGAAUAUGUUUGAGAAAAUGGAUCACAGAGAUGAGGUUUCGUGGACUACAUUAAUAGGUGGUUAUGUCAAUGCCUCAGAUUCAUACGAAGCUUUGUUCCUGUUCUCAAAUAUGUGGGUCCAGCCUGAACUUCAAAUAGAUCAAUUCAUGAUUAGUGUUGCACUCAAGGCAUGUGCACUUGGUGUCAAUAUUUGCCUUGGAGAAUUACUACAUGGAUUUUCAGUUAAAUCUGGUUUGAUAACCUCAGUGUUUGUCAGCAGUGCCCUGAUAGAUAUGUACAUGAAAGUAGGAAAUAUAGAAGAAGGUUGCAGAGUCUUUGAAAAAAUGAUGGCUAAAAAUGUAGUAUCAUGGACAGCCAUUAUUGCAGGGCUUGUACAUGCGGGUUACAGUGCGGAGGGACUGUGGUACUUUUCUGAAAUGUGGAGAUCAAAAGUGGGCUAUGAUUCACAUACAUUUUCCAUUGCUCUAAAAGCUUCUGCUGAUUUGAGUUUUUUACAUCAUGGGAAAGCUAUACACACACAAACAAUAAAACAAGGAUUUGAUGAGAGCUCAUUUGUGAUUAAUACUCUAGCAACCAUGUAUAAUAAAUGUGGAAAACCAGAUUAUGUCGUGCGAUUGUUUGAAAAAAUGAGGAUGCCAGAUGUAGUUUCAUGGACAAAUCUUAUUACGACAUAUGUGCAGGUGGGUGAAGAGGAACAUGCAGUGGAAGUAUUUAAAAGAAUGAGAAAAUCAGAUGUCCCUCCUAAUAAAUUCACUUUUGCAGCCAUAAUUUCUGCCUGUGCAAAUCUUGCUAUUGCUAAAUGGGGGGAACAAAUACAUGGUCAUGUAUUCCGUCUUGGUUUUGUUGAUGCUUUGUCAGUGGCAAAUUCCAUCAUCACCCUUUAUUCAAAAUGUGGGCUGUUGACUUCAGCUUCAUUAGUGUUUCGUGGUAUAACUAGAAAGGAUAUUAUAUCUUGGAGCACUAUAAUUGCUGUUUAUUCUCAAGGAGGUUAUGCAAAAGAAGCUUUUGACUAUCUAUCAUGGAUGAGAAGGGAAGGGCCAAAACCGAAUGAAUUUGCUAUUUCUAGCAUACUGAGUGUUUGUGGAAGCAUGGCACUUCUUGAGCAAGGGAAACAGUUGCAUGCACAUUUACUUUGCAUUGGCAUAGAUCAUGAAGCAAUGGUUCAUAGUGCUCUUAUUAGUAUGUAUUCAAAAUGUGGAAGUGUACAAGAUGCGUCAAAAAUCUUUGACAGUUUGAAAAUGAAUGACAUUAUAUCAUGGACAGCCAUGAUUAAUGGAUAUGCUGAACAUGGUUAUAGCCUAGAGGCCAUUGACUUGUUUGAGAAGAUUUCUAGAGUUGGUUUAAAGCCAGACUACGUGACAUUCAUCGGGGUUCUGACCGCAUGUAGCCAUGCUGGAAUGGUUGAUCUUGGUCUCUUCUAUUUUUUGAAAAUGACUAAUGAGUACAAGAUCAGUCCUUCAAAAGAACACUAUGGUUGCAUCAUUGACCUUCUCUGCAGAGCAGGGCAAUUGAGUGAAGCUGAGCACAUAAUACGAACUAUGCCAUUCCAUAUUGAUGAUGUUGUGUGGUCUACCUUACUCAGGGCAUGUAGAGAGCAUGGAGAUGUUGACCGUGGAAGAUGGACAGCUGAACAGUUGCUUCGGUUAGAUCCAAAUUCAGCUGGAACUCAUAUUACUCUGGCUAACAUAUAUGCUGCCAAGGGGAGAUGGAAGGAAGUUGCAGAUAUAAGAAAGUUAAUGAAGUCAAAGGGAGUAAUAAAGGAAAGAGGAUGGUCUUGGAUUAAUGUCAAUGAUCAUUUAAAUGCAUUUGUUGCUGGGGAUCAGGCUCAUCCACAAAGUGAACAUAUCACAACCAUUCUAGAAUUAUUGAGAGCAAAUAUAGGAGAUGCUCUGCUGGAAAUAAGAUCUCUUCAUGAAGAUGUUGAGGUUUAGCAGACGGCUACAUUCUGUGUCAUUAUGGGAAUGCUCAAAAGUAGUUUUUUUUUUCUAAUUUCCAAAUUUCAUAGAUUAUUGGGAAUUGGGUUCCCUGUUCUCAUCAUUUGAAAACAUAUAGCUUGAUAUGGGUUCUCCAAAAACUGAGUUAGACAUUUUCAGAAGAUCAAAAGUUCUUUCUGAAAAAGCAAAUUAAUGAAAAAGUUUGCUUUACAGAAAAACAGUAUCUGAUGCCAGAUGAGUCCAGCCGGAGAGAACUUAUUGGAUCUGAAAUUGAGGCCAGGGUUACCAUUCUCAAUGAUCAGUUUGCUGAAAUUAAUGGUUGUGUAAGAUGCCAUGAUUAUAUUCCCAAAGAACUGCUGCGGUGCUAAUCCAAUGGACUGACCUACCAGCAUUUCAAGCCCCAUGGGAACCCAUGAAAGCCAUCAUGAAGCAGUUUCCUUCUUUUCACCUUGAGUGCAAGGUGACUAUUUUGUGGGAGACUAUUUUUAGGCUUUUUACAAGUAAAUAUUAUAAACCAUAAAUUGGUUUUUGAAUUAGGUCCGAAUUGUUAUGUGAUAGGUUUCUGGAUUAGGAAACCUAUCGAACUCAACACACACACGCACAAACAAGAAUCCAGAUGGUAAAAAGAAUGUAUCUGUAUUAAUGUCUCAACCAAUGUACAACCCUAUCACCUCCAAGGGAGCCUAAUUCCCCCACCACCGGAUCAUGGUUCUUGUCUUUACAAAAGAAUUCAAAAAACUCCCUUUACAAAAUACAGAAGCUCUAUUUAUAAGAGUGCUUAUUUCCCGCCUCACCUAACUGUUAAAACAGUUAUAUCUCAUUAACUUCUCUCUCAUUCUUCCUUCUCCUCUCAUAAACCCUCCAAAUCCUAUCAUUAUGGUUAUGGAAAGUACAAGCAUCUUCUGUAAAUAGUUGUAUCCUUUCUCAUCAUGGCAAUAAUAUCUCUAUAUUCCACAUAAGGAUCAACCUAUUUGAGCAUUGCACUGUGGAUAGCUAUCAAUGGGCUCAGGUGCCUUUGAGGUCACUCAUAGUCGCUGACCACAGCCACAAGCCUGCAACCUAGCCCAGAUUCAGCUCCGAUGGAUUAUUUGGCUGUGUCUCUGCAAAUGUACAAAAAGGGAAUAAAUGGGAAAAUAAAAUGCAGGUGAUAGAAUUUUAUCAUUAUUGAUUACUAAUGUCUGCCAAAAUAUCAGUGAAUGAUGAAAGAGGGAUGCUGCUGCUGACUGGAUAAGGGAUUGAUAAUCUAUGAAUUAUCAAUUCUGCCACUAGAAAUUAGCGCAUAUAUGCUCCAGUAAAUGGUCUUAAAGAGGUUGACUAUUUAACUCUUUACUGAUUAUAUACCAUCUUAAUCAGUUCAUGCAAAAGAGAGUAAUUUCAUACCAAAGUAGUUUUCAACUGGCAUUAUUAUAAUGGUUUUGAUUUGUCAUUUUUUCUUAUAUUCAGUAUGCCCAAGAUUUUGAAUGAGUAUCUGAACAUUAUAUAGGUAAGUCUUGGAAUUUGGGCACUUGUCUUUAUUUAUACAUCCUAGUGAAAUUAUACAAAAUUGUUGCAAAUAGUGUAUGACUGAACAGGUGUUACUUCAUGUUUGGAACAUGAACAUUGUUCUCUAACAUAUAUGCAUGCUACCCAAAUAUAUAAAGUAGCUUUACAUAUGAAAAUUGAUAUAUCUAACAGCUUUGAGCAUGAUUGUGUCUUCUUGCAUUCGGCAUUUUAAUUUCCGUGCUUUGUUUCUUUCCAGAAAUGGUUAUUACUUUGUGAUCCUCUUAUUCUAUAACUACCUUCUCUUUGCCUGUUUAUAUCUUAAUUAUCUUACCUUUUCAAUUGUAAAUAUGCAUGCAAAGAUAAAACGUCUGUUGGAUCAAGUGAGUUGAUGAUGACGCUGGGGUGCUGUUAUCUGUCAUGUCUCAGAAGUCUGAAACCAGAAAUGCUAUGGGGAGAUUGCCCAUACUGAAGAUAAAGUGUUUGCCUUUUAGUUAGUACAGGUUUGGAAUGCAAAAUUUUGUUUAUCUUGUUUCGUAUGUGCCAUAUUUGCAGAGAGUAAUCUGAUAUGAGGCCUUAGAGAAGAUGCCCUUGUUUGAUUGUUUGUAGGAGACAUUCUCCAAAUAUCCUGUUUGGUAAUUAGUUGUAAAAAAGAACUCAUAAUUCAUUAAAGAAAAUGUUCAUGACAA